CGCGCUGGGCGGACGCUGUCGCCUGUUGGGUCGCGGGUGGGCACAGGCCUCCGCCUGAGCCGGGCCGCGCCGCUCGCUCCCGGGUGCGCGAUGCGUGUUAGCGGUAAUAAAGUGUGAGACGCUCCCUAAACGUAAACGGGCUGCGUCCGUGCUCCUGUAGGCGUCCGGCGAGAGUUGUCAUUUAUCCACGAGAAGAGCAGAAACCAGCCUUCACCGCUUGUUGCCAGCCAGCCGGGUCGCGGGAGCUCCGAAACAUUCCCGUGUCGGAGCUUGACCGCGAGGGCUGAAGAACAAUGGCUUCCUUCAGCAACUUGACUAUUGGCAUUGCUGUUGCCAGUUUUACUGUAUUUCAACUCCUGUUCCAUGUUUUAAGUUCUUGGGUGUCAACGCGAAUAACGCCUGGUUUUAACAAUCUCAGCCAAAAAAGGAAGAUCGAAUGGAAUUCAAGGACAGUGUCCACAUUCCACGCCUUGGUGGUUGGUGGGUUUUGCCUAUAUAUUUUGUUGUAUGAUGACGCUGUUAAUGCUGACCGUCUCUGGGGUGACCCAUCAAUUGUGAGACUGAAUAUUGCUAUUACCACAGGCUACCUCAUUUCUGAUUUGUUGCUUAUUAUUUACUACUGGAAGGCAAUUGGUGACAAAUUUUUUGUAAUACAUCACUUGGCAGCUCUGUAUGCUUACUAUUUUGUACUGAGCAAAGGUUUGUUGGCUUAUUUUGGAAACUUCCGUCUGCUUGCAGAAUUCUCCACUCCUUUUGUCAAUCAGCGGUGGUUUUUUGAAAUACUGGGAUAUCCUAAAUCUUCAAAGGCCAACAUCAUCAAUGGUGUGCUGAUGACAAUUGUGUUCUUCGUGGUGAGGAUUGCCGUCAUGCCUAUAUAUUACAGCCAUGUAAUUUCUUCGUUUGGAACAGAGGCUUUCCAGAGAUUAGGAUUUGCAGCCCAGAGCGCCUGGAUUAUCUCAAGUGUUGUCUUGGAUGUUAUGAAUGUGAUGUGGAUGGUCAAAAUUGCAAAAGGAUGCUACAAAGUCAUUUGUCUUAUUGGACAGGAGGAAGCCAAAACUCAUAGAAAUGGAAAAUCUGACUAGAAAUCAUAUGCAUAAAAUGAAAUUUCUGCUAUGAAAAUAGUUUGGAUUCACUGAAACAGUGCACAUUUUUAACAUGGAAUGCUCCUUUUAAGGAAACAAGAUAUUACCUCUGUACUGACCUUACUCUUUCCCUAGCCACACUGCCUGCACACCCAGGGCCACGCUUUACAGAUCCUGUCCGCUGAGGAAUAGAAGCAAAAGCUCACACAAAUGAGUUCUACGUGUCUGUUCUAAGCAGUUACAAGCUACUGGAAUUAGAGAGGAGCAGACUGGUUACUUGCUUGCUGUCCACCAGUGUGUUCAAAGUGUUUCACUCAGGUUUCUCAGAUUAAUGUGUUUUAUAAAUCCAGUGAAUACUGACAUCUCUUUUUUUAGAAAACAAAAAAACUCCCCAAACUCCUGAUAUGGUGCAGUUUCCUGGCAAGUUUCUAUGUUUUCCUCUAGGAAUAACAAUCAAGAUUUCAUUCUUGACAACUUUUUAAUUUUUGCAAGACAAGCUAAAAAUGUAGCUUCGAUUCUGUGAAGUCUUUUACCGCUUUUCUGUUCUGCCUUAUAUGAAUGCAAACCAUUUUGGGAAAUUUAUGAAAUAAUUUUAUCUAAAAUGCUGUAUUAUAAGACUACAGAAUAUCUUAAAUAUUGUUAAAAUUCUCUGAUCUUGAUGGGAAGGAUUCACUUUUGCUGUGUUAAACUACACGCAAUAGUAUAUUGUCUAAAUUGCCCGUGUAAUUUUUUUCAUGAGUUAGUAUGGUAAAUGAUGUGUGGAAACAGCAUAAUUCUUACUGGAGUGGUUUUUCCUUUGCUGCUGCUACCUUUGAGAAGUGCUGCAACUCUCCUCAUUAUUUUUAACCCUUGACUAUUUGGAUGUGACGUUUAAUUGUAAAGAGAUUAAUUUCUUCUCUAUAUGUGAUGUAUAAUUUACAGUAAUAUGUUUUUAUCACAGAAAUGACCCUUUUGAUAUGAAUUGUUGAGGGUUUUUGUCACAUUUUCUUUGUUAACAACAUGAGAAAUCUGAUGUGUUAAACUGUGCCAAACUUCUGUAAAGCUAUAUGGUAGUUCUAUAGAAUGACAGUUCACUUCUGUAGGCACAACAUUUUAUUUUUUUUUUUUAAACCACGUAUUUUUCAAUAGGUACUCUGUUCCUUCUGCAUACUUAAAGGUUUGGAGGGCUCAGAGAGGAAUCUUACCAUGUAGGAAUAGUCUAGAAUCUAAUUUAUAAUAUAAUUUAUAGAAAUUCUGUUUUUAAAUGAUUUUGAGAGCUGUAUUUGUGUGUAGCUUGGUUUUGUUUUACUUACUUUAAACCAUAUCUGAAUUGGGACUGAUUAACUUCUGUUUUUUUCCUCGAUGUGAGGCUUUUUUCGUGUGGUUUUUUUGGUUUUGUUUGGUUUUUGACAUUGUUUGUUAUAUCUUCUGGUGAGUUGUGCUAUAAGUAUCCAUUUUCACUUAGUACUUUAGUGCACAUCGCAGUUAUUGUAGCAGACUGUUUAAGCAAUUUAUUCUCUUGUCCUGUUCACUCUAACAAAGCUGGGUGACAUGAACUCUCCCCUCUGUAGUUGGAGGUGUGAGUGCCCAAUACUGUGCUCUUGGAUGAAGGAUGCAGCAUUCCCCUCUUCCAGGGAUAGGCUGCCUGUAAGGCUCCAAGAGGACUGUGUAGGCUGAAAUGCCUUAUAACAAAGGCAGCUGUGAUGAGUUUAGUUUCCCAGUUAAAAUGAUGUCAGGGAGUAUUAUUUAGGCUAGCAUAAUAUGCACUUUUAUAAGCCUAGUUCCACUGUUUAACGGGGCAGGCUUUUUUCCAAAACUGCUUCCCGAUCCUGUCUUGUUAAGGAAGAUAUCAAGGAUUGUUAAUAUUUCUAUUUUUUUGGAAACCGUGCUUAUUAAUACUUCACAAGCCUGCAGACAAAAGAUCUGUUUAUGCCUUGGGAAAGUUGGCAGUUGAUCUGUUUACCUGUAUGAUUUGAGUGAGCUCAGUACAUUAUUUGGGUAUCAGUAAAUCCAAAGUCUUUGACAGUUGAUCCUGUGACCUGCUUUGCUGAAAGAAACAAGUCUCCCUUUUAUACUAAUUUGCAGAACCUGGUAUCUUUUAAAAUAAUGAUUUCAGUGUAUUGAAUGCAAAAUCUAGGGUAUGUACAAAGGCUCUGUGUUUCUAUCACCUUUAUAUUUUAAAGGUGUACAUGAAAUACUUGUGCUUUCAAAGUCACUAGAUCAGGGAAUCAUUUUGUAAUAGCGUGUUCCUUUCUAAAAUGAAUUUUAAAUUGAGUAAAUUCCAGCAUUUUGGAGAAUAUGUUUGAAAGUAGAAUUCUGCCUUUGUUACUUGGGAAGUAGGAUGAAAAAAAGAUUGAUAAGGAAGAUGAUUUGGAACAACUCUUAAGGUGAUAAUUCAUGAAAACUUUUUGAAAUUCAUCCCUUCUUAGCAUUGAUCUUCACUAUUUCAGUAUUUUAAAUUUUUUGUUUUCAAUGGAAAACAUUUAUUAAAGUGGUCCAUUUCCUUCACUUCUAGAUAGAUAUGUCUGAUAGAAGAAAAAAAAGUCAAGCUAGAAUAAAAUUAUGCUAAAACUACAUUUGUAAAAAAAAUCAAUUCCCUGCAUAAUACACUUU